AUGGCUAGUGAGGAUAGUUUUCUAGUGCUAGUACACCACAGAGGAUCGAUUAAGAGAAAAACUCGGUCUGGGGUGAAGUUCACGGAUAAGGAUCCUCUAUGUAUUAUCAUGAGCCCCGCCACCAGUUACGAUGGUCUCGCGAGCUCUGUGCUUGGCAAACUUGGUCUGGAAGGAGUGAAGAGAGUUAAGAAGUUUUUCUAUCGCAUUCCAAUCACGGUGCUCCACGAUACGGUGAAGUAUGAUUGUUUCACGAUCGGGAGUGAUGAGGACUUGCAGGUCAUGUUUCUUUCUCGUAGGCAGUUUCCGGAGGUGAGGACACCGGAGCUGUUGGCUAAGUUCGUCGACGUGGUAUCUAGCUCUGGUGGGUCGAAUCGGAAUGCCAACACUAUAGCCACGGCGGUCGGUUCGAGCUCGAGACCUGCGGUUGCUUCUUCCUCCGUUCCAGUGUAUGAGGCAGCGGUCCAACCUGCCGCCUCCCCAUCGUUUGCUGUUGAUCUCGCCGGCAAUGUUGGAGACGCGGUUGGAUAUGAUGAACAUCAUCCGACUGAAGUACAGUGUCCUCCUCCGGCUGGUGUUGGCGAGGCAUUGUGUGAUGAUGCAGAUGAUGAUGAGGUCGAGCUGGAUAUUAUCGCUGAUGAAAGCGGUGAUGAUGUUGGAGCGAGUGAUCCGAUUAUGCCUACUGGUGGUUCUAGUUCUGGCACCAAUCAGUACCCACCCCAUUUUUCAUCGUUGGAUCUGGAUGCCAUGAGGCAGGACGGACAUCUUGGGCAGCUAGUUGGAUUUGGCGCUAGAGAUACCGACGGGUCUGCCGGUAUAACAGAGUUCCAGGUUGGUCAACAGUUCCAGUAUAAAGACGAGGUGCUGUUGAGUGUCGAGACGUAUAGCAUCCGCCGAGGGGUACAGUACAAGGUGGUUGAGUCUGACUAUCGCCGGUACGUGGGAAAGUGUUCUGAAUUUGGGAAUGGGUGCACAUGGUUGAUUAGGCUGAGCCUCUGA